AUGAAUUAUCAAUCACUACGAUAUAAAUUAGGUGGUCUAUUAAAUCGACGUGUAAUGCCAUUUGCUUGUCGUCGUGAUAUGAAUUUUAGUCAUGUACAAGUGAAUAAAAUUUUCGAUCGUCUCAAACAAGGAUUACAUAAUCUGGAUAUCGUAUUAACUUCACCCGAAGAUAUCCUAUCAUUUGAUUUGCUUACUAUAGACAAAUGUCGACGACAAGAAUUUGAUACUGGUCGUUCAAUGUUAUCGAUUCAAAGUUGGAUGAAAACAUUUGCUCGUGACGUUUUAGAUGAAUCGGACGAAAUUUUACAUGUUAAAUAUCAAUUAAUUUAUUCGAUCGGUCGUCAACAACAAGUCGACGGAGGUGUGGAACGUUGGAAGACCAUUCAAUAUGUACUGGAUUUAGUCAAACAACAUGCUACGAACAUUGCACAACAAUAUAAUGAUGAUGUUUUUUACAAAGCAUCAGAACGUCAAAGUAGUUUUCCAGAAUUUCGUCUGCUUAAUCAUCGACCAUUUCUAGAAUUAUGUCGAAGAAUAGCAAGUGAUUGGAUUAAUCAAAAAAGUUAUCGUCAACUGGAUCAGCAACUUAUCUUAUCAUCUAUAUUGGAUACAAAUUCAUCGAUCAAUGGUCUAGUCGAUCAAUUUCCUCAUAGUACAAUUCAGUCAUUUUUGAUUAUGCGUGGUCUUUUAUCAUCAGAAGUGUUAUUUGUUGGUUUAAAAAAACGUUAUCGUGUUAAUUUUGGUGUGAAUCAAAAUGCAAAAUUCAAUCGUUUAAUGGCAGUACCAUUUCGUGCAAAAGAUGUUGCAGCGGAAAAUACAGAAUUCGGACAUCCAGAUAUGGCUAUUGUCUUAACACAAAUUUCUUAUUACUAUAAAGGAUUGACAGAUUCACAAAUGGUUCAAUGUUUUAAUCGUUUGAAUCAAGACGAAAGCGAUCCGGAAAUGAUCUAUGAUCAAUGGAUUUCAUUGGAAGAGGAAAACAAUAUCAUUGCAAGUAUAAAACAAUGGAAAAGAGUUAACCUGAAAGAUUAUCAACAACGAACUCAAUUACUCUUUCCAACUUUACGAUAUAAUAUGCUAGUUAUAAAUUAUUUUCUCAAUCAUUUUGUUUUUCCUCAAGAAGCAAAACAAUUUCCACAUAAAUUAGUUGCUUCUGCUUGGGAUCUAUCGAGUGAUGUCAUAAUCCUGUUACAGCCCGUAUCCAUAUUUAUCCAC